UUCUCCGCCCAUUGCUCUGCCGGCCGCCACUAGGUGCCCUUGCGAUAGGGGCUGUUUGGUGUCAGGGCACUGCGAAUGACCAUGGAAGAGGGAGACGGGCUGCGACAGCGGAGGCCUAUCCGGCCGCACAUCAUCACUGACGAGACAGUGGCGCAGGAAUCUGAGAACCGCGCCACGUACAGCGGGAAGAUUUUCCGUACCAUCUUCACCACACUGGUGAUUUCCAUUCUUUUUCCCACCAUUGCAGCCUUCUGGUUGCUAGAGAGCCCCAUAGAGCCACAAUCCCUAAGUUUCCACACGCCUCCUCUUAUGACUGGUGUUCUGGAACCAAACUUAAAACUAAGACAAGCCAAGCGGUUAAAUGAAGGGGAACUGGUGGGCCCAGAAUCUCUUGCAAAUAUUGGAGAUGUCCUGUUUACUGGCACAGCUGAUGGGCAAAUAUUGAAGAUAGAAGAUGGCAAAAUCCACACAAUAGCAAGACUCGGCACACCUCCUUGUGGAACCAGGGAGCAUGAACAUACCUGCGGAAGGCCCUUGGGUCUGAGAGUGAGCCCAAAUGGAACACUGUAUGUUGCUGAUGCUUACCAAGGGAUUUUCGAAGUAAAUCCAGUUACAGGUGCUGUGAAAUUGCUUGUCUCGUCCAAGAUCCCAGUAGAGGGGAAAAGAAUGUCAUUUGUAAAUGACCUGACUGUGACCAGCAAUGGAAGAAAGAUUUAUUUUACGGAUUCCAGCAGUAAAUGGCAGCGGCGAGAUUAUCCUUACCUGGUUAUGGAGGGCACUGAUGACGGGCGCUUACUGGAAUACGAUACUCUUACAAAGGAAGUGAAGGUUUUGAUGGGCGGGCUGAGAUUCGCCAAUGGAGUUCAGCUUUCACCUGCAGAAGACUUUGUGCUUGUAGCAGAAACUACUAUGGCACGAAUAAGGAGGUAUUAUGUGUCAGGCCUUACCAAAGGCGGUGUAGAUAUGUUUGUGGAAAACAUGCCUGGCUUCCCCGAUAACAUUCGCCUUAGUAGCUCAGGAGGUUACUGGGUUGCUAUGUCUGCUGUGAGACUCAACCCUGGAUUUUCUAUGAUGGAUUUCUUGUCUGACAAACCAUGGAUUAAAAAAAAUAUUUUUAAGCUCUUCAGUCACGAUACAGUGAUGCAGUUUGUCCCCAGGUACAGCCUGGUUGUAGAGCUUGGAGAGAAGGGAUCAUACAAGAGAAGUUUCCACGAUCCUAACGGAGAGGUGGUGACCUACAUCAGUGAGGCCCAUGAACAUGAUGGAUAUUUGUAUAUGGGAUCCUUCCGUUCACCCUUUAUUUGCAGGCUGAACCUUAAAGAUGUUUGAGGUUACAAUAGAAGUCUAAGGAAUCAAGCGUUGGGCCUCUGCCGGAUCCAAGCUAAGCCUAUACAAACACCAGCUGAUUCUGUGACAUACAGCAAGGCCCAUCUCUUUAAAGAGUAACUGUUCUAACUAGAUAAAUAAGAAACCUGGCAUAAUGGCUUAGCUUUAAAAAUAAUCACAUUCAAUAUAUAGAUCUUAUCUAAAGAAUACAAAAAGUAAAGACUAUCUAAACAACUGGUGCACAAGCUGAAAUAUUUUAUAUAUUUGUUCUAGUUGAACCUCUUGUAGUAACAGCUCUAAAAUGAUCACGCCAGUCAGCUGAAAGAGCAGCCAUGUUCUCUUUGUACAUACACUAAUUGCAAUAUUUUUCGUUUUUUUUGCCUGCAGUUCGCAAGGAGUAACUGCAGCCAUACGGCACUAUUUCCUUAGUCACUAUAGUCCGUUCAGAUGCUAUGACAUUGGCAGCUUUGCUGUAUCAGCCUGAACCAGUAAGGGUGCAUGACUGUAACCCAGCUAAUGGGGAAGCACAGUAGUAUUUGCCUCAUCUCCCAAUUGUUUCAGUGCCUGGCUUAGAAUUAGUUUAAUAUUUCUCACUGUUUGCAAGCUGUUAUCAGUUGCUAAUGUGAUACAUUUCUUUACGCUUAUUAGGGAUGCACCGAAUCCUCUAAUUUGGAUGCGGCUGAACCCCUGAAUCCUUUGUGAAAGAUUCAGCCCGAAUCCUAAUUCGGUUUGGCUGGGCAGAAGGAAUCGGGCGAAUCCGAAUCCUGCUGAAAAAGAUUGAAUCCCGAACUGAAUCCUGGAUUCGGUGCAUCCCUAACACUUAUACAAUCGUACAUGCACACACUAAUAGGGAGAAGAGUCUAUGCUCAUAUACCACCCACAAGGUAGCCAUGCAUAAAUGUACAAGACUGUUAAUUGACUUAAGAGCACACACACUUCUCAUACGGGUAUGCAAUCUAUUAUCAGGAAUUAUUUGAACUGGAGUUUUCCAGAUAUAGGGGUUUUACCAUACUAUGUUAGUGUUCCAAAAAACAUAUACCUGUUAAAAACCCAAUAGAGUUUUUUCCGCUGUCAUUCUGCUGCCCUAAUUCAUAAUAAGUGCAAGACAUUGUAUUAUAAAGAAACGACAAUAAGACAGAAAUUAAGAAUUAUUUUAAAUUGAGGAUUGGAAUUGGGCAUGGCUGUUUUUGGAGGUUUUAGGAUAAUGGAUUUCCAGAUAAUAGAUCCCAUACCUCUUUAUCUUCAGGUCUUCCAGCCACUCCCAUGCAAGCCAUGGGCAUAAUACUUGUGUAAGCCCAAUUGUCAAGAUUUAUUUUUACUUGGGCAAUCAUAUUUUCAUUGUUACAUGUUAUGUACCAUCCAGCCAAUUAAACUGCCAGUGGUGCUUUUGUUGGACCAUU